AUGCAUAUGAAAGCUGCCACAAGAAUCAACGUUACCAACAAACUUUUUAUGACCACGUUUCUUGUUGCAUUUUCCAGUGUUGCACUGGGUUCCAUACUUCCCUGUCCAGCACGCUCAUUAGACUCAGAUUCCCCGUUGCAUGAAGAAUCUUACAAUCAGCAUCGUCAGGUCCAGCAAGAGAAAGAACUUGAACCCAAGUUCGUCAACCAGGGUUGA